AGGAAUGCCGUGGACUUUAGAUCUAAUAAAAAAAAUAGAUAUGCUCGUUAUAAUAUUGGGGAGAUCCUGGUUAUUGGUGGCUGGAAUGAGAUAUGCGCAACUUGAUGGAGAUCGAAUUUGGGGCACCGGGAAUCGAAAGCGAUCUCAUUUUCGUCGCGGAUAACAACACCAUUAGAUGCCUCAUCGGAAAGUUAGGAUGUCAAGUUAGAACUUUCUAGAUAUUCCUUGGCCUACUGGACAAAGUAAAGGGCCUGGCUUGAGGGAAAGUGAAUCAUAUUGUCUCAACUGACGAACAAGAAAAUUUCCCGAAUGUUUCUAACAUGGUUGACCCUUGGUGAGACGGGACAAUUGGAAGUAUCGGCCGUAGGCUCUCUCAAAAGCCUCAAAAGUGCUCCGAGACUUAAGCGAGUUAGUGAGGCUUUCACCUACAUUUAGCUUGUAAGUAUGUAAUUAAUACACGUUAUAGUCACUCGGAAGUCGGCCGUGCUAUGAUGUGUGUUAGGAUGGUUGUUACUGCUGUUAUCCCCAGUAUACUGUGCGAGUGGGUCGAAAUUCUUUUGGCCUUGCUAACCAUCCUCUCAAGACGGUGGCAUCUUGUGUCGUCUCGGAGAUUAGGGUCGAAUAGUAAAAUAAAAAGAGUAAGAUAUCAAGUAUUUGUGACGGUAUGGUCGAGUUCAAUUACAAAUUGCCUACAAUAUCUUGCGGUGACGUGAUCUAUCGGAUUGAGAAGCAUAACGAAAGAAAGCAUUGCAUUAGCACACCAUGGUGACGUCUGAGGUUACAAUGCAUUAUGAUAUUGAGGCUGAUACAGACGGUAUUUCCGGUGGUUAUUCAAUGUGAGUAUCGCGUUGAUGAUUCUGUUCGACAUAUUAGACGUAAUUCAUCGCGUUCACCGAGAGGUCUCCGAUUUGUUAUUCGGGCUGUGUAUAUGCCUUGGUAUGGGGUAUGGGUUACUG